AUGGGCCUGUUGGGAGCCCCCAGCCCUGGACGUGACAUCACGAACCACCCAAAGCCUCAAGACCCUACGAACCUCAGGAGGCCCCCACACCCUCCACACACCACCCGCCCAGGCCUAGCCCGUGUCAACUCCCCAGCAAGACCCCCAACGCCCCCUGCCCGUCUAACGCCACCAGUCGGGGGCCCCGACCCCCGCACCACUGGGGAGUCCCGGCCCUGCGCUUCUCUGCUGGCAGACCCCCACAGCUUCCCGUACCCCCAGUCCCUCCGCCCCCGCCCGGCCGAGCUCCCUCGGCACCCGACCCCCGCGCGCCCCCGGUCCGCCUCCCUCGCCCCGCCCAUCGCCCGUGGCCCCUGCCGCGCCGGCCCGGCUCGGCCAAGGCCUCGACAGCGCCCCAGUCCGGCGCGACCCCGCCGGCACCCCUGGACACGUGCCUCCAGCUCCGGGACCCCCUCCUGGGGUCCUGCGCCCCCCUCCCCGCCCCCAGCCGCCGCCGCCGCGCCUCGGGAACUAGGCUCGGGCCCUGGCCCCGCCCCCCAGCAUGCCCAUUGGCAGCAGCAGCCGUGA